UUUUCACUAAAGAUAUUAAGUGUUUCUUUUCGAAUGUUGGCGUUCCUGCGCACAGUGGUUUUCUGGGAAACCUCGGAAUUUUCGUUGUGGUUUUGGAUAUUGUCGUCGGUCGUGUUGUUGAGAGUGGAGCUCCGAAAUGUGUUGUCAGUGAGUGGAAGUAAAAGUGAGAAAAAGUGGUUGAAAUAGUUCCAAGGAAUCGUUGCGGGUUCCUAGUUUUCUUGAUAUUUUUAUUGAAAAAAACAAAGGGCGCAUUUAUGUUCGGAAAUAUGAGGGAACGGGAGGACUUUCCUCGGAGUUGUCUACAGAAUCAGCCGAUCCAGGGGCCUCCUCCUCGGGCCUUGGGUCUGGACGCCCUGCACAACUUGUGCAAAGAAAUUUACCCUAACCAAGGAAAUCCUCUCACCGUCACGGCUAUUGUCAAAUACUGGUUGGGUGGUCCUGACCCUCUAGACUACAUAAGCAUGUACGAAAAUCCAGGCUGCCCAGAACUUGGCGUUCCACCUCACUGGCACUAUGUGAGCUUAGGAUUGUCAGAUCUUCACGGGGACGGAAGGAUACAUCCCAAAACUGGUCCAGGUCACCCCAGUGGAUAUGGAUUUGAAUUGACUUUUCGCCUUGCUCGAGAAAGAGGAGAAACGACACCUCCUACUUGGCCUGCGAAUAUUAUGCAGCAAUUAGCGAAAUAUGUAUUUAAUUCUGCAAAUAUGAUACUUCCUGGCGAUCAUGUUUCAUGGCAUUCAGCCCUGGACAAGGGAAAUGGUCGUAUCACACAAAUCCUGAUGGCCAAUGAUCCCCAGUUACCUCUUUCAGCUUCUACUCCCCACGGAGAAGUCACUUUUAUACAACUUGUUGGUGUGACUUCGGAGGAGUUGCAAGCAGCUCAGCACUGGAACGGAAUAGGCAUGAUUAAUCUUUUAAAAACUGCGAGAGGAUGUGGACCGUGGCUCGUAACGGAUAUGAAGCGAACUCUUUCUAUAAUGGACGAAGAUCCAUCCGUCGCAGAAAAAAUUCAAAGUGGCAUUGAAAGGCAAGGAUCGAAUCUAAGUGGAGUUUCUGCAAAAUGCUGGUGGGUCCAGAUUUCUGGCGACAAAAGUACAGAGAAGUACAGGGAAAGAAGAGAAGACUCUGAUGACGAGGACGGCAUGAAACCUGCCAUCAAAUCGGAAAGAUUAUCUCCCUCUGAAAAUGCAAACGUGGUGGAAGAAAAUGGUGACAGGGUUCUGCCAGGAAUUCAUUUAACAUUCAAUUUCGAAGCUGGAAGCUUGUUACCGCUGGCAAUAAAAGGGCGCGUAAUGCAUGGUCACCACUUCACCUUCAAGUCUAUUUUGUCACACACUGCGAUCACGAUGGUGGCACCAGCCGUUACAGGAACUUUUGUCACCAGAGAAAACCCCUACGUGCUUCAAGGACCCUGGUUGCAGGUCUUGUUACCUGAAAAUUUAGCAGAAAAAAUGGCGUGCGAGUUCGAAAUACUAAAUACGCCUUCUCAAGUGCAGCUACCAAAAACAUUUUCCUGGCCUGAACACAACCUCGUAAUCACGGUAGUUAACGACUAAAGACAAACUUAACCCGCAAUCAUCAAUCAUCCAUCAAUUUAGAAAUCGUCUAAGUUUUUCUCGGUAACCUUUACCUAUAAGGCGAAUGAAUCUUCCACAAUUUUGUAUGUAUUAAUUUCAGUCAUCGCAGAGUGUCACCUAUUCACCUUUUGUCCCCUAUUUUCAAUUUUCUAACUUUUGUCACCUAUUUUAGGAAUUUGUCACCUUUUUCUCCUAUUUUGGGGUUUCUCAUCU